AUGAUUGAAGAAAGUGAAAUAUCGGAAAACCCAAAAGUGUAUCACACAAACACAAUUGAAGCAUAUUGGCAAAAUAAAUUGGAAAACUAUAGAAACCAACAACUAUUUAAGGACCCUAAAAUGGACUCCAACUCUGACAGAAAAAGAAACCUACCAGAAAAACAAAAGAACCCUGAAAAAAUAAUAAUAAUAUCAAGAACCCGAUUCAUCAAUAACUCCUGGAGAAGAACUGAACCUAUCAAUUGCUCUAAUUGCAAUUAUCCUAGGCUACCUGGUCAUGAUUGUUUAUUUAAUCCAAGCAAUCCUAAUGCACUUAAACGAUUUGCAAAAGAUCAAAGAACAAAAGAAACAAUUAGCCCUGAAAUAAUCCUCAAAGAAAAAUUUAGAAUCUGA